CACCAACAUCACCGCAUACCGCGAAGCCGUAACCCUACACAAGCGCUCCCCCGACGCGUGCUUUGGCUCCCAGCACGGGCGACCGUACUUCCAAGUCUCAGACAUCCGGGGCCUGCAGGGGUGGUUCUACAACAACGGCGUCGCCGUGAACGAAUUCAUGGGGGCCAUCUCAUACAAGUCGUGGACGUGGGGUGACGCAAAGUACUGCAUCUUCAACUGGUACGGCACGCAGAACACGCACAUCAGCCACUACCAGAUAGCCACCAACGUGCAGUACAUCACGGACACGUGCUGGGCGCGGGGCUCGUCCGCCGGGGUUUUCUACGGCGGCAUCGCGAGCACGUACGGCGACAGCGGGCUCUCGCUGGACGGGUAUGCUGUCUCGUCGAAUGCGAAGUGUCCAGGCACUUAGACUGUGAGAGAG